UGACACAAUUUUUUGACGCAAAUGAGAGAGAAACCAACAAGAGGAGAAUUUGCCCUGCAAAAAGAUGGACUGCAGGGCUCUGAUAAACAACUCUUAAUCGAGACAAAUGGCUUUGGCAGGAGCGAGUGAGAUUUUAGCCAGGCUACAAUGCAGAGUUCGAAGGCACAGAGACCACAGGCCCCUAACACAGCCAGGAAGAUUCCGCCAUCUGCAAAUGCUGGUGGUGGGUCACACUCAGCCCAUAGAUUCACUUCCUUUACACCUCUAAGCCCAGAAGAAUCGAAAGGGAUUUUCAAUUUCUCAAAGCUGCUUCCAUGGCGACGAUCAGAGCAAUCUACAGAUCGAGCACCAGCUAAAACAGUGGUAAAUGAACACGAAUCAGAUCAAACAAGUCCCAAAAGAGCUGGUACUCCGGAAGUUGCUUCGCCACCAAAACAAAAGCCUACACCACGCUCAUCACCUCCAAAAGCAGCCACUCCUAGCCCAAAAAUAACAAGGUCAUGGUCCUCUCCUUUGUUCAAUCGGCGCCAAGCACACGCCCUUCCACGAACUUCUGUCUCUAACACAGGACAGUCUAGACAACUCCCACCUUCGUACCGCAACCUUAGUGCAUUGUUCAGAAGACUUAGUGUCAUAGCAGAUCACACAAAGGAAGGACAGCUGUCUCAGGCAUAUAAGGAAAGUGAUUUCAAGCAGUACUGGAUGCCAGAUGAGACCUGCAAAGAAUGUUAUGAAUGUGGAGAAAAGUUUAAUACUUUCAGAAGACGCCAUCACUGUAGGCUCUGUGGACAGAUUUUCUGCUAUCGCUGCUGCAAUGUUGAAGUUCCUGGUCAGCUCAUGGGCUACAAUGGUGGACUGAGAGUUUGCACUUAUUGCCAUAAGAUCGUCCUCACAUACACCCAAUCACCUGACAUGAUCCGAAAUCUAGAGCAGCUGCAAGCUGAUCUGCGUGCUGUCACAUUAGAAUCUGAACUCAACUUGUCAUGCACUUCUGGAAGCACACUGUCAGUGCCCAGGCCCGGGUAUGUCCAGUUUGAAGAGGAUGAUACAUUUUACCAGCCUGUCCCAAGAAAAUCAAGCUCCACAAGUCUGUCAGCUUCUUACUUUGACAAAAUGAAUGAUACUCAAAGGCCAUCUUCAGCAAUGUUGACAACUUCUGGGAGACCCUUUGAUGCCUUUGGGGUGUGCUCUGCUGAGGCAGACAUGCUAAAGCAAGACUCCUUGCGUGAGUUGUGGCAUCAGAUCAUUUCACCAAAAACAGGAAUUGAGCUUAUGAAUCACAGAUUCAGGCUCAAGACCUAUCAGAACUGCCUGAUAGCAUCUGAUCUUGUGGAUUGGCUUGUGAAUUAUGACAAAGUCUCUUCCAGAACACAGGCAGUUACCAUUGGCCAGGAGCUGCUAGAUUCGGGAUGGCUUGAACCUGUCCCACAGACCAAAGAUGCUCAAAUCUUCAAGGAUGAAUAUGCCCUCUAUCAGCCAGGGCCCGUUGCCACCAAGGACAUUCCUAGCAUUACUAGCACCAAAUACAACAUAGAUGAAGAGUCAAACGGAGCUGAAUCUGGCAAUGAGAAUAAUGAGGAUGAGGAUGACGAGGCCUUACCUCAGUGGUUUAGGCAACUGUCAGGAUAUGAGAGCUGUGAAGAACUUGAAGAAGAAGCUGCUGAUGUUGUUGAACCUGUCACCAUCAGCCCACAAGCAAUCAAACACUCAAGCUCAAAACUCUUGGAUCUUGAUGUGACUACAAGCUCCAUUGUGAACUGUGAAGAGGAAAGUGAAUUGUCAUUGAGGGUCAACCUACAUCAUUUUAGCGAGGGGAGUACAGCAGAUGGCAAGGACGUGCCUUUAGACCCUGCCCACACUGUGUCAAUCAUCACAGAAGCCCCACCUCCACCCCUUGAGCAGUAUGUCUACACAGAGGGUUACCCAAUCUCUUCGCUAAGACCAGGAAAUAAGAAGCCUUCUGAUGUCCCUCAUGUGGGCACAAGUUCAGACGAGGUUCUCCAUGGUGCAAAGAUGGCUCAAAAGAUUGGUGUUAGCAGACCCGGUUCUCCUCAGCCAUCAUCUCCCAGAGAAGACAAUGGUGAAAGACAGGCAUUGGAUAGACUAAAUUUAGCGCAUGCCCUUCAUAUCUCAAACCUCUUGGAACAGUUACUAACCGAUGCAGGCCUGUCGAUGAAGUGGAAGGACACAAUUUUACCCUUAGUGGAUGCAAUUAGCGAACGGGUGCGACCAGAUGUUCGGGCAGAUGAUGACAUGAACAUCAGACAGUAUGUCAAGUUUAAAAAGAUUCCUGGCGGAUCUCGUGAUGAGUGCAAGCUGAUCAGUGGCGUAGUCUUCACCAAAAACGUCUCACACAAAAAGAUGUCAUGUGUUUUCAAUAACCCGCAAAUCUUGGUCUUGUGCUGCGCAAUUGACUACCAGCGUAACGAGAACAGGCUAGCCUCGCUUGAUCCACUUGUGCUACAAGAGCGAAACUUCCUCAAAAACUUCGUUUCCCGGGUGGCUGCUCUUAGACCAAACGUCCUUUUGGUAGAAAAGACCGUGUCGCGGUUGGCUCAGGAAAUGCUGCUACAACAUGGCAUCUCGCUCGCUCUCAACGUCAAGCCGGCAGUGAUUGAGCGUGUUUCCAGAUGUACUAAAGCCGAAACCUUGCGAUCGAUGGAGCAGCUCAGUCGGCCACGUCUGGGGUCUUGUCAGCUCUUCCGAGUUCAGAACUUUAAGCUGAAGAAUGGCGAGACAAAGACUUUAAUGUACUUGGAAGGUUGCCCUACUGAACUAGGUUGCACAGUCACCUUGCGAGGUGGAAAUAGCUUUGUUCUUACCAAGAUCAAGAAGAUAAUGCAAUUCCUGAUCUACGUGGCAUACAACCAGAAACUUGAGAUUGCCUUUCUUAUGGAUGAGUUCAGUUUACCUAUGGAUCCCCAGCCAAGUAUUGUGUCCAUCAAGUCCAUUGAUGGGGUGACCUCAAGCCCAGAGUGUUCAAGUGAUGACAGAAUGAAGGAAGAGUCUGAGGGAAGCCCAAGUAGGACAUCAAAUUUGGACAAAGUGAAGGAAAUGCUGCAAGAAUGCAAAGAAAAGUCUAGUGCUGAUAACUCUAGGCCUGACACCAGGCCAGAUAUCCUUGAUAAUGAGUCUUCCAAUUCUAAAGGGUCUGAAGAAAACGAUAAUGAUUUUGCUAGAACGUUCCAGUCAGCUCUCGAUCGGUUAAUACUAUCUUGUUCAUUCUUUGUGAGGUACCCAUUGCCCCACUUACUCACUAGGGAAGGUUCAAAUUGUGCUGUUCGCUCAACACUUCCUAAAGAAAUCUACUGGUCCGCCAAGUUACUACCUGACAACUACAGUAAGCAGCUAGCAGAAGAUGACUUGGAAGAGCUCGACCUCCCGAAUCCAGGACAAAACAAAGCAUUCAAAGUGUUUGAUGUUCUUCCUCCACACGUAUUCACCUCGCCCAAACUCGUGAUCGAUGCUAUAGAUCGAUCUCUGCUAGGCACAGUAGCAGAUUUUCGGGCGCAAGGUGGACGUAUUAAGCUUAAGAAGUGGGAUGAUGGUGAGCGUAGGAGAUCAAGGUGGAAUGAGUUUCCGUUUAAUAUGUCAUCUGCGGGCAGGAAUGAAUUUCUCUCAGGUCCCGAUGAUUUGAGUAAUAGAGAGGUGCAACUUGGUAAUCCCUCUAAGCGACAACAGUCUAGUAGCAGCCCCCAUCAAUUAAAUCGCAAGAUCGACUGCCUGGAUCCCCAUCUGCAUCAACGGAUAGCUGUCUUGUUUAGUAGCUACUCCAGUGAAUCCAACAACUCACCGCGGCCCUGCAUAAGUCCAUGGGCUGUGUUCAUGGAGUUUUAUGGUAGAAAUGACAUCACUCUUGGAGGGUUUCUAGAGCGCUACUGUUUCCGACCGUCUUAUGUCUGCCCUAACCCAAACUGUGACGUGACAAUGGUAGACCAUGUGCGGUACUUUGCCCACGGGACGGGCUCUGUUUACAUUCACAUGAAGAACCUUGAGUCCCCGAUUCCCGGCUUCCAACACACCAUCCUCACUUGGAGCUGGUGCAAGGAGUGCAAGCAAGUGACCCCCAUCAUGCCGUUAUCAGAUCGUGCUUGGACGCUGUCCUUCGCCAAGUACCUUGAAUUGCGGUUCUAUGCUGACUCUUACCGACGUCGCGCCAGCAUCAAACCAUGUGACCACUCCUUGCACAAGGAUCACUUUCAGUAUUUCGCUUUUGCCAAUAUGGUUGCAUCCUUUAAGUAUCGGCCCAUCAAGUUGUUCGAGACUGCCAUGCCAUCUACUGUGAUCUCAAUCAAAGACGAGUGCAGAGAGGCGGCCUACUGGCUUAACGACUUACAAGCCAUGUCCACCAGGUAUGGCGGUGGUGAUAUUUCUUGGGGCGAGAAUGUGUAUCAUUCCGUGUUAGACAGACUGGAGUCCUUGAAAGCUGAGCGAGUCGUUGAGAUCCAUGCUAAUGAGCGAGACACCAAGCUGCAACAAUUUGCCACACAGCUACAGGAAGAGCACGAGCGGUUUCUUGAGCAAGUCCGAGUUGUAAAGAAAAAGGUAACGAACCUCCAAGACUUGCAGGUGCACGAGGAUGGAACGCCAGACCCCCGGGAGCGCAAGGCCUUGGAAUAUGUGAUAUCUGACAGUCUUAACGGACUCAAAAGGAUAUUGUGCGAGCUUGCUGAUAACUGGACUUCAAGACUCCAGGAGUUCAUCCAAGCAGAGAAAAAGAGAGUUAAACCGUCUACUAACCUUGUACAGCAGCGCGAAGCAAAGGACAAGCAAUCGCCGGUUAAUUACUCCAUGACAAACAAGUCAUCGCCAGCACAAUGGAUUCCGUCUGAUGAUGGCGGUACGCCUGUGGUGCGCUCCGCGACCCACACUCCAGUAGAAUCUCGUGAGGCAUCUGUAUUUAUUGUACGAUCGCCGUAUGAAACACUGGCACGAACCAUCUCACAAGACGUCACUCAAAGCAUCUCGUGUGAUAACAUUCGAGAAGUCACACAGUCGCCCAAUUCUUCUAUUACGCAUUCGCAGAGUGUUAGUAACUUUCCAGUGAUGCCAUCUCCGAGUGCGCAAAAUACUUACAAAGCAGUGACAGUCACUGACGGAGUGGGUACAUUAAACAAGGACUUUUUCUUCCGACCAAUCACCGAGACACAAACAGACCACAGGCUCAAUUGGCAGCUAGGCGAUGAUGAAGUAAAACCGAAAGAUAGGCUUGCUGGGAAUGAAGAAGUUGACAUUGACCGCAAGUCACAGUCGUCCACCUCAAACCAACCGUUUUCUGAAAGCGCCGAUAUAGAGGAUGUGACCACAGAGAUGUUGCUUGAGAACGAAACAUCAGUCAGUCAACAAACCAAAGCAUGUGCGAAUGCCGAAUCGCCCAGCCGGCCAGACAAUGUAUGUGAGAAGUCACCAUCGCCCAGCCAGACAGGUGAAACAUUUGAGAACGCAUCAUUACCACACAAACCAGGCAAGGUAUGUAAGGACACAGCAUUGACCAGCGACUCAAGCAAGUCAGAUAAUAACACUUCCUUAGCCAGUAAGCCAUCCUUCGUGCGCGGUCAUAGACGCGUCAUGUCGUCCCCGCCUAUUGUAUCAGUGUCACCACCCUCGCCAUAUUCUGACGUAAUAUUGGGUGCUGGGAGUCGGACAGGGUGUUCGCUGGAUCGCAGUCGCAGUGAUACAGACGUGCACUUGUCUACAUCUGUUGAUAAUGACAAGAUGCUAAGUGUUCUUCUGGGGGACUCUACUCAGGGUCCAGACGUUUCAAACACUGAGGACGGUACUGACUCAGACAACGCAUUAAGUCAAGAUCCCUUCGCAGUCCCUCAUAACGGGAAAAAAAACGAUGCAAAAGGUCAUCGAAGAACUUUGUCCUGGGCUGAAAAAAAGUGGCAGGCAGCAGCAAAGAACGCUUUGACGGCGGAUGGUUCUGAAACGGAUGCGACAGAUGGUACACCGAUGCUAAAAAGGAAGGAUAAAGUCAAGAAUAUGAUCGUGAACUGGCUUCCCGGGGCUGCAUAUCAACCUGUCCCUUCAACAUUCCCUAGCCAUGAGCACCAUCUGUUACCGCCCGGCGAGAAAGUUCUUGUGGUGGUCAGCGAAAAGGAACCGAGCUCCAUCAUAGCAUACGCCCUAAGUACCAAGGAGUACCAUGUUAAGUUGUGUGCCAUCACGCAGACUAUGUCUCUUGUUAUGAAGAGCCGAGACCCUCAACCCCAACAGCUUUAUUACCAGCAGCAGCAAGUCGAGUCCCCCGAUAGGGAUGUGGAGACCUCUCUUCAUCUCACACUGAGUAGAGAAACCAUGAGACAGUCAAGCAACGACGGCUCCGAAGAAGAUUUUGUAAGCGUAAAUAUCCAGAAUCGCAGUAUGCUCGAUGAUCAGUUCGACCAAGUUUCGAUCGACACCGAACACGUAGAAAUAGUCGAUACGACUUCGGGCCGUGAGCCUGUCGUGCCCGACAGGCGGAGAAAGCAAACUUCAAGUCACUCGGACGACAUCGUCAAGUACUCGCGAGGCCAAAGCAGUGACAAAUCCAAGGACACCGGGGAGGGGGUAGUGGGGACCUCUCGAGAGCCAACUCGACCUGGUAGUAAAUACGAGGAGUCGGUAUCGGUUGAUGGUAAAAAGAAAGAAGAUUCAGAGGAUUCAGGUCUGGUAGAGUUUGGAUUUCCACGUCAAACCGGACAAGAACCUUUAAACUUUCACAUAAAAAUGCAGUUUUCUUACCCUGGAUGCCGGUUCGUAUGCAGCGUGUAUUUUGCUGAGCAGUUCAGAAAUUUACGAAAAAAGAUCUUUCUUGAUGGGGAAGAAAGGUUCAUCAGAUCGCUCGCACAUUGCGUCGUAUGGAGGGCAAGGGGAGGAAAGUCUGGUUCAUCAUUCUCCAAAUCAUUAGAUGACCGGUUUGUUCUCAAGCAGAUGUCAAAGCUGGAACUGCAAUCCUUUCUGGAAUUCGCGCCUUACUAUUUCCAGUACAUGAACAAGUCUCUUAACGACAAGAGGCCACCAUUGCUCGCCAAGAUUCUCGGUGUCUAUCGCAUUGGCUACAAAAACUCGCUGACGAAUGCGACGAUGCGACAGGACGUCGUAGUGAUGGAGAAUCUGUUCUACGAUCGCAAGAUUGAUGAGACGUUCGAUUUGAAGGGCUCUAUGCGUGGUCGCUACGUCGAGUCGUCAGGUGUCGAUAACGAUGUCCUGCUCGAUGAAAACCUUCUUGAGAUGAUACGCGAGCACCCGAUCUUCAUUCGCCCUCACUCAAAGGCUGUGUUAUCCAAAGCGAUUUUUAAGGACACGGAGUUCCUGGCACAGCACAUGGUGAUGGACUACUCGCUUCUCGUGGGGAUAGACCAGACAAGGUCCGAGCUUGUCAUCGGCAUUAUCGACUUCAUCCGAACGUUCACGUGGGACAAGAAGCUCGAGAUGUACGUCAAGUCGAGCGGGAUCCUCGGAGGCCAAGGCAAGAUGCCCACCGUGCUCUCGCCCGAGCUCUACCGCACUAGGUUCACUGAGGCCAUGCAGAGGUAUUUUCUUAUGGUACCGGACAAGUGGACAGGACUUGGAAACGACUUGGAUUAACUCAUGAACAAGUGGACUGCUCCCCGGACAUUGCCAGAGGCAAGUGCUUAUGGUACCGGACAAGUGGACAGGACUAGGAAACGACUUGGAUUAACUCAUGAACAAGUGGACUGCUCCCCGGACAUUGCCAGAGGCAAGUGCUUAUGGUACCGGACAAGUGGACAGGACUAGGAAACGACUUGGAUUAACUCAUGAACAAGUGGACUGCUCCCCGGACAUUGCCAGAGGCAAGUGCUUAUGGUACCGGACAAGUGGACAGGACUAGGAAACGACUUGGAUUAACUCAUGAACAAGUGGACUGCUCCCCGGACAUUGCCAGAGGCAAGUGCUUAUGGUACCGGACAAAUGGACAAGACUAGAGAAUGACUUCGAUUAGCUCAUGAACGAGUGGAAAUGCUUCCCGGACAUGGCUAGAGGCAAGUGCUUAUGGUACCGUACAAAUGGACAGGACUUGGAAACGACUUAGACUAGCCACUUAAAAACGAGUGGACUGCUUCCCGGGCAGAGAGUUGCUAUUUAAACGGGUUUGGGAAGAAUUGAUUUGAAAAUCAUUCGUGGUUAACCGACUUCUCGUUGGGUUGCCUGUGCAAAUACCCACAGUCCACCCACAAGCGUGAUAACAAUAAAAUAUUUAUUUUUAAAUUUAAAAAAAAAAUAUCUAUAAAAUUUGAAACCAAAUAUACCGAUAAUAUGUCUCAGAUAUAUAAAGUUUAUAAAAUUUACUCUAUGGGAUGAUGCAUUUGGUCGAAUAAUUAAAACAUCUAUUCGCAUUGUAA